GAUGGAUAUCCUUUUGAUUGUUGUUACAGUAGCUGCUAGCUCCUUUAUUCUUUUCUUCUUUCUUGGCAAAACACAUAGUAAAAGUAGAAGAGUAGCUGAAGCUGGCGGAGCAUGGCCUAUUAUCGGCCAUCUCCACCUUCUGGGUGGAUCCGACACAGAUCAAUUACCUCACAAAAUCAUGGGGCGCAUGGCAGAUAAGUACGGGCCAAUUUUCGGAAUGAAGCUUGGAGUUCAUCAGGUUGUAGUUGUUAGCGAUCACAAAUUAGCCAAAGAAUGCUUCACAACUAACGAUUUAGCCCUAGCAGGUCGGCCUAAAUUAAUGUCUUCAGAGAUCAUGGGAUACAAACAAGCCUUUUUUGGACUUUGUUCUUACGGUCCUUACUGGAGAGAAACAAAGAAGAUUGCCACAAUUGAACUUUUCUCUACUCGCCGAAUCGAGAUGCUCAAACACAUCAGACAAUUUGAGGUAAAAUCAGGUAUUAAAGAGAUUCAUAAUAAUUGGGCGAAGAACAUGAAUUUAAAUGGUGUUGUGAAGAUGGAAAUGAAGGAAUGGAUUGGGGAUAUAGUUAUGAAUACUAUCCAGAAAAUGUUAUUCGGAAGUAGUAACGAGGAAGAAGGAAUAAAUUAUAAGGCUCACAAAGCAAUUAGGAGAUAUUUCGAAUUGGCAGGUGCUUUUGUUGUGGCUGAUUAUUUACCUUAUUUAAGAUGGCUGGAUAUUGGAGGCUAUGAGAAAGCAAUGAAGGAGGUUUCUAAAGAGAUGGACUCUGUUGUUGAAGAAUGGUUAGCAGAGCACAAAACGAAGAAGAUUAAAUCUGGUGAAGUAGAAGAUUUCAUGGAUGUCAUGCUUUCCAUUUGUGAAAACAAACAUCUGCCUGCAUUUGAUUCCGAUACUGCUAUCAAAGCCACAUGCAUGGGUAUACUAUCGGCAGGUACAGACACCACAAUCGUAACUUUAACAUGGAUUUUAUGUUUACUCUUAAAUAACUACGAAGCACUUCAAAAGGCUCAAGAUGAGAUAGACGCUCAUGUUGGCAAGAACACAUGGGUCCAAGAAUCGGAUAUUAAAAACUUGGUUUAUCUUCAAGCUAUUGUCAAAGAAGCAUUACGUUUAUAUCCAGCUGGACCGCUCUCUGUACCACACGAGUCAAUGGAGGAUUGUGUUAUUGGGGGAUACGAUAUACCAAAAGGCACUCGCUUAUUAGUGAACUUAUGGAAGAUUCAUCACGAUCCUAAUAUAUGGAAAAAUCCUCACGAGUUUAAACCAGAGAGGUUCUUGACGACCCACAAGGAUGUCGAUGUAAGGGGCAAUCACUUUGAGUUGAUACCAUUUGGUAGUGGAAGAAGAAUGUGCCCUGGAAUUUCUUUGGUCCUUCAAGUGGUGCCCUUUGUAAUAGCAAUGUUGCUGCAGGGGUUUGACAUGAAGAGGCCUUCAGAUGAACCAAUUGAUAUGAGUGAGAGCUUUGGAUUAUCAGUGCUCAAAGCUUCUCCACUCGAAGUUCUCCUUGCUCCGCGCUUAGCUCCCGUUCUUUAUGAAUAA